AACUUUCUGCAGAAGCCAAAGCAGCAUUACUUGAAUUUGAAGAGAGGGAAAGGCAGCUGAAACAGGGCCGGUACGGCUCAAGGAGAGGAGGGCGAAGAGGAGGCUCGGUUAUGUGCCAUGGCAUGGGAGAACAAAGGAGAGACAAUAACGAUAGGGGAAGAAUGAAGGAUCACAGGCCCGCACUGCUUCCAAACCAGCCUUCAACGAUGACUCAUUCACAGAGGUUAAUUCCAACACACCAGCAACCUGUUAGGAGUCUGUUCCAGCACCAACAGCAGCAGCAGCAGCAACAGCAGCAGCAGCAACAGCAGCAGCAGCAACAACAGUUACAAUCUCUGCUUCCUUUACAGCAUCAGCAUCAUUCUUCUCCUCCUCCAGGGCUACAUAUGCCCCCUCCGAUAGAAACACCUAGAAUAAUGAUGACUCCACCUCCAGUGACACCUCAGCAACCGAAGAACAUACAUAUAAAUCCACAUUUCAAGGGAACAGUAGUGACGCCUGUACAAGUGCCCCUGCUGCCAGUUCCAGCCCAGCCAAGACCUGCUGUAGGACCCCAGAGAUUUCCUGGCCCUCCAGACUUUCAGCAGCAUACGCCUGGACCAGUUCCUACCAACUUCUCCCAAGCCCCACGGCUUCCAAUCCAGGACCAGUGGAGAGGGCCGCCACCACCGCCACCACCACUCCCUCCUCCACCUCCUCAGGACAGAGAUCCUUUCUUCAUAGCAGAUCCAAGGUUUCCAAGCCAUCCCUUGUUUGAGCAGCGGAGCCCCCCACCACCACCACCACCUCCACUUCUUAAUAGCGCACAUCCUGUCCCUACCCAAAACCCGAUGCCAUUCAGCCAGCCCGGGCCAGCAUUUAAUCAGCAGGGACAACAACCGGUGUUUCCCAGAGAGCGGCCGGUACGGCCGAACAUGCAGCCUCAAGGUCCUGUGGGGAUUCUCCACUUCAACCAGCCGGGUUCGGCAAAUCCACGGCCGUUCAUCCCUCCGAGGCAGCAGUUCCUGCAGGCACCCGGACAGCCCUUCCUGGCCGCACACACGCAGCCCAGCAUGCAGGGUCCCUUGCAUCCCCCGUUACAGCCUCAGCCCCAGCCUCAGCCUCAGCACCAGCAACAACAGCAGCAACACCAUCAUCAUCUCCAAGGGCCACCACAGCCCUUGAUGCCCAUGAACCAGCCACAGUUCAGGCCUCAUAUGCAGGCCACACAGCAGCCACCAAAUAGCAACAGGAUGCAGUGUCAGCCGCGACAGGGGCCAAUGAAGCCAAGGCAUAAUACACCAUCUCAAAAUAUUGUCAAGCGUCCAAAUCAGCAGCUACAGUCAACUGCUCCAAGAAAUAGUAACUUGCGUGAGUUGCCAAUAGCACCAUCACACGCUAUGGAAAUGAGCAACAACAGGCGAACCUCUACCCCAGCCGCUCAGGUCAAACCCAUCACCAGCACGAUGUCUGCUGCCAAGUCUGUAACUGGUGCUGGAAACUCACAGGGAAGGCCUGAGAUGAAAGCUAAAGCAAUCACACCAGUGGGCCAAGCAAAAUCAGAAGUAAAAUCUGAACCAGAGUAUCCAGAUGAAGAUGAAGAAACUAGAUUGUAUCGUUUGAAGAUAGAAGAGCAGAAGCGUCUAAGAGAAGAAAUUUUGAAACAGAAGGAGCUGAGGCGGCAGCAGCAGGCUGGUGCUCGAAAGAGAGAGUUGCUGGAAAGACUCGCGCAGCAGCAGCAGCAGCAACCUUCAGCUCAGCAGUCCUACAUGCAGCAGGAGGACGACUCCGACGAGUACCCCACCAACGGCAGCCCUUACAUACCCCACUCUGGCUUACAGACCAGGCAAAAUGUGAAAAACAGACUCCUUGUUAAAAAGCAAGACACAUUAGUUCCAAAUAUCCACCCCAAACCCACAGAUUACUCACCAGUGGGGGCGAAUAUGCAGUAUCAAGGACAGCAGAUGAAGCCAGUGAAGCAGCUGAGGCAGACUAGAACAGUCCCUCUGAGUCAGCCUCAGACGCCGCAGAAAGUAUUGCAGACAAAACCUGCUGCAGCAUCGCUGCCCACGACACAGACUCCUCGAGUGGCUUCAGUACAAGCAAGGCCCCAGGAAAUGAAACCUGGCGUGAAAAGGACUGUCAUGCAGCGGACAAACAGUGGUAGUGGAGAUGGGCCCCAUGUCGGCAGCAAAGUCAGGGUGAUUAAGUUGUCAGGAGGGCAGGGGGGAGAGGAUGCUGGCUUUUUUCACCCAGAGGGCCAGCCCCAGCGGCCUCAACAUCCCCCGGAGCAGGAACAGCAGCCAGUGCGGAAGGUCACAUUGACAAAGGGAAUGCAACAGCAGCAGUACCAGCAGCAGCAGGCACAGAUCCAUUCACCAGCUCCUCAAGGAGUCAAAAACAUCCAGGGAAUCCAUCAACCUAAAAAGGUCAUUAUGCACGGGAGAGGCAGAGGAGUAGCAGGCCAGAUGGGCCGAGGACGCUUGAUGCCAAACAAACAGAACCUGCGAGUGGUGGAGUGCAAACCUCAGCCCUGUAUCGUGUCAGUUGAAGGGCUUUCUUCAUCAACUACUGAUGUCCAACUGAAAAACCUGCUGAUGUCAGUGGGACCCAUUCAGAGUUUACAGAUGCUUCCUCAACAACGGAAAGCCAUAGCAAAAUUUAAGGAGCCAGCACAUGCUUUAGCAUUUCAACAGAAAUUCCACAGGCACAUGAUAGAUCUGUCCCACAUAAACGUGGCACUGAUAGUUGAGUGACGUCUGCCGAGAGAAACCCUGACACUAACAGAAGCGUACUGUGGAGCUACACAAGACACAGUGGCAAAACCACCGGGUUCUGAAACAUUUCAGCUUAGUCUUUAAUUGGUGUGUUGAACUACAGAAAGCAGCAAGAUGUCCAUCAGAAGAGCUGAACUUGAGAGGAUCCGCAAAGGUGGAAUUUCUGUUCGAUUUGUUCACAUUCUGUUGUAACCACAUGGAACUACAGAUUUUUUUUCAAAAUGCUUUCAAUGCAUGUAGACACUGUUCUUCAAGAUCCUACUGUGUGACCACAGUGACUUUGAGAGACAACGCUUACAUCGAAAGAUUUAAAAACUUUCUUCAUAGCAAAGAAUAUUUGAUAAUGGUUGCUCUUAUCUUCAGUGCGAGGUAUUUGAAUGAAAACUCACAUUUCUAAACAAAACACAUUAGUUAUGUUGUGUAUCUGAGAGCACAGAAGGUAUUCUUGCAUAGAUCGAAAUGUGGUCUACUUCACUGAGUAGCAGUACGCUGAGAAGCUUUGGAGGUGACACUGGAAAAUUGUAGUUUCAAUCUUUGUAUAUUUGUUAAGUCUGUCUUCGCAUUUUUCUAUUCCAAUGCAGACUUCCGUCUUCUCUUUCCAACUCCACUUAUUCCAUAAAGCACUGUGUAGGAAUAACAUUGCUGUAUUUUCCCUUGGUUUUUAAAAGCAAGGAUCUUUGCCCUUCAGUAGCAUCUUGCAGUAGUGAAGUCCCAAGUUGUAACUAGGUUGUUUUAAAUGACAUUGCCAGAUACAGGAAAAAGAAAU